AUGAGUUCAUUGGAAAGUGAAACAAAAGAGUUUCGUAAAUGUAAUAUUUGUUAUUCAAAUAAACAACAAUUAUGCCUUCCAUGUGGACAUUUAUUUUGUAUUCAAUGUAUUCCUGAUUUUAUUGAUGUAAAUAAUUUUACCACAAAAUGUGCUUAUUGCAGGAAAUUAUUUGAAGCAGAUAGAUUAAUUCCUUUAUUAAUUUAA